UGUCUGUCUGCGGAUACUCACUGCACAAAGACCCUGACAAGAACUUUAUAUUCAGAGUCAGUUACACAGGGUGUUUUCUCCAGCAGCAGCGUGGCUUCCAUGUGCUGACACUGAAUUUGGUGAAGAGGAUAACUCGAUUCGGAGGCAGACGUCACAGUUUCAUCAUGACAUGCCCUGUGGUUUCUGUGCUGCCCGCCAGAGAAGAAAUCCAGUGUGACCCUGAGAAUAUUCAGGUGAUUAGACAAGUUCCCCACGACAACUGGAAUAAUGAGUUGCAGUGGGAUCUGUCGUUGAGCGACCACCUCAUUGUGGCGAUGGAGGACGCCAGCCUCAUCCAGAUGAAUAUCGUCACAAAUGGAUCAGAUAUUAUAGUCCGAGGCAGGAGGAGGGAGAUCCUGAGUCCUGUGAAGGUGAUGGAAAAUGAAGGGGAGUUCUUGGCCUUGAAGCUGGUCAGUGGUCAGUAUGCCUACAGUAUGGAGGCUAUGUGUCCAACAGUGACCACCUCCACAGCAGAAGAGACUGUGAUGCACAUUUUCAAACGACUCCUGGGCCUGACCAAGCGAGGCAGCACCCACACCGAGGAACUGACUGUCAGUGACGUGUCAGUGAACCAGACACAGAAUUUCACUGUGCACGAGACGAGUGAAUUUGUGUCACUGAUCAUCCCGACAACCCAAAUACUGCAAACCAAGACCUGCACAGACAGCAAACAACUCCUGCAGUCUUUCUACAGGGUGGAUGUUGUGCUCACCUUCAAAGAGACAAAUCACAAAAUGCACUGGACCAUGGAGAACACAAUGCCAUGCACAGAGGACUCACUACUGGGCUUCCAGGCCUCCUCUGAGCUGCCAGAUUCCUCACACUGGUCUUGA